AAUCGGCUCACUGGAAGUUAGAAUAGGCAAAAGCUACAAAACGGGGUCGUUACGACUGGUAAAUAUUAGUUGAAUAUCACAUUUGAUAUUUUACAUCAAGCGUUAGAAAAUGCCGUACAGUAUACGUUUUACAAUUUGCCUUGUACUUCUUGCAUUGCUUAACACAGUACAAUGUGGUUUAAAAAACAACGACAAAUUUAAGAUCCCCAAAAAAUCAACAACGCACACACCGACUCAAUCUAACACAACAACGGCACCAGCAGCAAUAACAGAGAUGGCACCAGCAGCACAAAACGAAACUCUACCACAGAAUGACGGUAUAGUACGGGAUGAAGUAGCAUCUGAAUUUCUUGACUUGCAUACAUGCCGGGACUCGGAUACCUAUUCAACUGACUCAUUGCAGGACAAAUGCUAUUACAUGAGCUGUGAUCUUCACUCGGGAAAAUAUGUUCGGAGAAAGUGUCCAUCAAGCAUGUCAGUUCCAAAAUAUUACAUGCAAAAUAAAGAUGGAACAAAUGGAACGACAGAACAUCAACAUGUACCUUGUAUAAUGCCAAACAGAGACUGUCGCCCUAGCUACUUCGAUCAGGGUGUGGAGAGGCCCGUCGUCCUGGCUUGUGGAAUCGAUCUAGUAUUCGCAGUUGACGUGUCGUGCUCGAUUACCGAUUCGAACAAGUUACAAAUACAAAAGUUCCUGAUGAGCAUUGCGGAUGUUAUUACUAUCGGGCCACUAAGCACGAGAAUAGGAAUUGUAUCAUUUUCGAAAAAAAUAUUUCACGUUGCAUUUUUAAAUAAUACCCAAAAUAAAUUUCAAUAUAAACGAACUAUCAAGCAAAUGAACCUUGUCCUAGAGCCUGGGCGAAGCUUACGUAGAGAUUGCGGGACUUCAACUAAUGCGGCUUUGGAGUCAGUCAGACUUGAUUAUUUUACUCCGAGGGGAGGCGACCGACCUGACAAACCAAAUAUAUUAUUUGUCAUAAGUGACGGUUUAACAAAACCAGAAGAAAAUAAGAACCUCACGAUAAAAGAAGCUAAGAUGUUAAAGAAAAUAACACCCACCUAUGUCAUGGGAUUACCUAAUCAACGGCAAGUUGAAUUAAAUAAACGCAAUGUGUACAUAGGAGAUGAGGAAUGGUAUGCAAUAGCUUCAAAGCCAGAAAACGUAUUCAAAAUGGAAUUUGAUACCCUGACACGGAAAAUAGCUUUCCUUGCCUCCCAAGUGUGCUCUGUACAGAACUGAUCAUCCAAUGACAUAUCGAUGGUGUUGCAAAACUUUUCAAUACUAAGCGGUGGAAAGAAGACAUUUCUCGUGUAUAACGAUUAACCACUAUUUAUUGAGCAAAAAAUGAAGACAAAAAAGGCUGGUGGCUGUUCAAAUAAAUUAUGUUUAUGCUUUGCUAAUAUAUGUCUGUACUUAAAGGUGCAACAAUUAGUG